GAUAAGGUGUGCAUCCAGAUUACAAAUUAGUUGCAUUUAGCUAUUCGCACGCUAAAGUUUAUAGUUUCUAUGUUUACGUUACUUAUAUCAUUUCAAAGAUGAAGGCCAUCGUGGAUACGGUUACUAAAAAUAUAAAAUUAAAGGUUAAAAGAAACCACAUUGAUAAUUUGGCAUUCAAAUUGCAUUAUAGAGUCACCAUGCUGUUAUUGUUUAUAUUAACGGUAUUGGUAACAUCCCAGGAACUUAUUGGCGAGCAUAUUAAAUGUCUUGUAGGAUCUGGAGUAAACGAAAGAGUAAUCAAUACAUUUUGUUUCUUCACUACAACAUUCACCGUGAUUAAAUAUUUAAAUACCUCUUUCACGGAUUCUCAUUACAUUCCGCAUCCCGGCGUCGGUUCAAUGGGUGUAAACUCAGAUGAACCAAUAAUACACCAUGCUUAUUACCAAUGGGUUCCAUUCGUUCUCUUCUUGCAAGCUAUCACAUUUUAUAUUCCGCAUUUAAUAUGGAAACGAAAAGAAGCUGGUCGUAUUAAAAAGUUAGUUAACGGCUUGGAAUUCGCUGUUUGCGCCGUAGACAAUAAAAUAAAAUUAGAUAAAUAUGAAUUGCCUACAAAGACUGAUAUCAAGAAGAAGUUUGAAGAACUCAAUAUUAUGUUUAAAGAUCGCUUGAUUGUUAACAAAUCUUGGGCUACCUGGUUAAUAACAUGCGAAGUUCUCAAUCUAAUCAACGUAAUUUUACAAAUUUGGUUAACCGAUGUUUUCUUGGGUGGUAAAUUCCUAAGUUUGGGUCCGAAAGUUAUCGAAGUGGGAAUGGAUGAAGUCUGGAUUUUGGAUCAAGUUUUUCCGAAAAUGACCAAAUGUAAUUUUUACAAAUAUGGUGCAUCUGGCACAAUACAAGCUCACGACGCACUGUGCGUUAUGGCUUUAAAUAUAAUUAACGAAAAGAUAUUCACGUUUUUAUGGUUUUGGUUCAUGUUCCUUCUGGUCGUCUCUGCUUUUGCUUUACUUUGGAGAUUAGUAACGGCUGUAUUUCACGGAAAGAACCGGCGUUUUAACCAGAUCAUAUACAGCACUAUUACACCCGGAAAAUCGAAUCCUUGGAAAGUAUUGGAGGUGACCAACAAAUGUGAUUAUUUAGAUUGGCUAUUCCUUGGAUAUAUUUCAAAGAAUAUGGAUCCUCUUGUAUUUAAAAUAUUCAUAGUUCAACUUGCUAAGAAUUUGAGUCAGAUCGACGACAAUACAAUUUCGGCAGAAUCCUACGAGAAGGGAAUGGAUUCGUUGAAACCGAAUUAUUUCAAUGAACAAAACUUCGGUAGCAUCGAUAAGAUCGAUGAGAUAUUCAAAUAAAUUUUAAU